AUGUCAUACUCUCUGCACCCUUCUAUUGACAACGGCCUCCAGGCCGGCGAUCCCAACUUUGCCGGAGGCAAGCUCUACUGCCACUGUGCAAGCGACAAGGUCGAGGUUGAGAUCAAGGGAAACGUUUUGCACAACCAUGCGUGUGGUUGCUCGAAAUGCUGGAAGCCAUCCGGUGCUCUAUUCUCCAUCGUCGCCGUUGUACCGACAGACAACCUCAAGGUGACAGCAAACGGAAACAAGCUCAAGAUCGUCGACGAGAGCGCCGCCAUCCAGCGCCACGCGUGCUCGCAGUGCGGCGUCCACCUCUUUGGCCGCAUCGUCACGGACCACGCCUUCAAGGGUCUCGACUUUGUGCACGUCGAGCUGAGCGAUAGCAAGGGGUGGCAAGAGCCUCAGUUUGCGGCCUUUGUGAGCUCCAUUAUCGAGCAGGGCUUCUCGCCCGACAAGGCCCCCGAGGUCAGAGAGAAGUUGAACAAGCUCGGACUUUCGACGUAUGAUGCUCUGAGCCCACCUCUCAUGGAUGCCCUCGCGACUUAUAAUGCCAAGAAGUCGGGCAAGCUCUCAGCUUAA